AUGGUAGGAGUGGUGUCGGUGCGUCAAGACGACUGGGGAGGCGCGGAAAUGGCGCUGACGGAAGCAAAUGUUCUGGAUCGCACCUACGCCGACGUGUGGGGGGUACCUUGCGCUCCGACCCCACCUCGUCUGCGCGAAGCCGAACAAGCAUUGGAGCAAGCCCUUCGCUGUGACUUGGCGAACACGACCCUGCUCCGUGAGCUCAGCAAUGGAUUUGUGGCGGUGGAUAAACUGGAAGUGGCCGAGUCGCUCUUGCGCGAGCAGCAUGGGCGACCGCGCAACGUUGCUGGCUCGCAACAAGGAGCGGACAAGGAACAACACCACCAUCGCGUGGACGGACCAUAG